CAGGGUGUCCCGGCGCUCUUCCGUUGGCUCAGCAGGAAGUAUCCCAAAAUUAUCUCCCCCGUUAUUGAGGCAGAGGCGGUCAAGGUCCCCGAUGCUGACGGGAACGAGGUCGCUGUACCGCUCGACAUCACCGAGCCCAACCCGAACGGUGUAGAGUUCGACAAUCUGUACCUUGACAUGAACGGAAUUGUCCACCCAUGUACCCACCCCGAGGGCAAGCCCGCUCCUGAAACAGAGGAGGAGAUGAUGAUUGAAAUUUUCAAUUACACCGAGCGUGUUGUAAAUAUGGUCAGGCCACGGAGGCUACUGUUCAUGGCUAUUGAUGGCGUGGCUCCACGCGCCAAAAUGAACCAGCAGCGUUCUCGCCGCUUCCGGUCUUCGCAGGAGGCUCAGGAGAAGGAGGACGCCCGACUGGAAUCAAUCAAGCUCUGGGAAUCCUUGGGUAAAACGCUGUCAGAAGAAGACAGAAACAAGAAAGCCUGGGACAGCAAUGCUAUCACCCCUGGCACGCCUUUCAUGGACCUCCUCGCGGCCUCGCUGCGGUACUGGGUCGUCAUGAAAAUGAACACAGAUCCUGGCUGGAAAGAUCUGCACGUCAUCAUCUCCGACGCGAGUGUCCCUGGUGAAGGUGAACACAAGAUCAUGGACUACGUUCGUCGUCAGCGCACCAACCAGGGCCAUGAUCCCAACACUCGCCACGUCAUCUAUGGCCUAGACGCCGAUCUUAUCAUGUUGUCACUGGCGACCCACGAGCCCUACUUCCGUGUCCUGCGCGAGGACGUCUUCCAUCAGGAGGGCAGUCGCACCGCAUGUCGCACGUGCGGCCAAGAAGGACACUACGCUGCCCAGUGCACAGGGCAAAAGGCCGAAAUUAAGAAGACCCCGAUGGAGAAGAAGCCUUUCAUCUGGCUUGAUGUCUCGGUUCUCCGAGAGUACCUUGAAGCAGAGCUAAACGUUCCGCAGACGCCUUUCGCGUUCAACCUGGAACAAGCGAUUGAUGAUUGGGUGUUGCUCAUCUUCUUCGUUGGCAAUGAUUUCUUACCGCACUUGCCGUCGCUCGAGAUCCGCGAAGGUGCCAUCGAUACGUUGCUGAAGAUCUGGCGGACGGAGCUGUCUCGUAUGGGCGGCUAUAUCACGAACCACGGACAACUGGAGAUGUCGCGAGCUCAGAUCAUUCUUGAGGCGCUCGCUAGCCGCGAGGACGACAUCUUCCGUAAGAGGCGUGAAGGCGAGGAGCGCCAGGAUCAGAACGCGAAGCGGCGUAAAAUAGAGAAGGAUAUGGCCAGCAAAAAGUCGACUGGACCGUCUGCUUCUUUGAACCUCACUGCUGCACCCACUGCUCCUAGUGGCCUUCCCUCUCGUCCCGACUUUGCCGCGAAGGCCGACAGUAUUGGUCUCGGUGGCCCAAAGACGGCCGAAGCCACGUCCUACGCCUCGAUCGCCGCGCAGGCCAUGGGCGGCUCGAACCGCGACGUGGUCGCGAACCGCGCCGCGAUCCGGCUCGCGAACCUGAGUGCGGCUGAGACGCUCAAAGCCCAGAUGGCCGCGUUGGUGCCUCCGGUCGUGUCCGUCCAGCCCGAGAGCGGGGCACAGGGCCCCCCGGCGGAGCCCAGCGCAAACGCAGAGCCUAGCGCGGACGCGGAGCCCGCAGCGGCCGACGACGUGCCCAUGGCGGAUGGCUCGGAGCCGCGUGGCAUGAAGCGGACCAUCGAGGACGUCGAAAACGACGACGACACGGCCGCCGGCGACGACGUCCCGGCGUACGAGGACGAGGAGGCGCCAGCUGGGGCGGACCCGACGCUCGCGAUGAAAGUGAACCCAGACGGGACGGUGGAGCAGGAUGACUUUGUAAAGCUAUGGGAACCCGGUUACAGGGAGCGCUACUACCGCCAGAAGUUCAACGUCGAGUACAGCGAUCUCGAGUUCAGGAAGCAGGUCACUCGCUGCUAUGUCGAGGGCAUGGCUUGGGUGCUGCACUACUACUAUCAGGGAACCCCCUCGUGGCAGUGGUACUACCCCUUCCACUUCGCGCCCUUCGCGGCAGACUUCGAGGAUCUCGAAAAGAUGGACAUCACUUUUGACAUCGGGCAGCCUUUCAAGCCAUUCGAGCAGCUGAUGGGCGUCUUCCCCGCUGCGAGUCGAUCGCAUAUCCCAGCCCCGUUCCAUGACCUCAUGACAGACACAGAAUCUCCGAUCAUUGACUUCUAUCCCACCACAUUCCAGAUCGACAUGAACGGCAAGCGCAUGGCCUGGCAGGGUGUCGCGCUCCUUCCUUUCAUCGACGAAUCUCGUCUUUUGUCAGCGAUGGCCCCGCGGUAUUCAAAUCUCACCCCGGACGAACACCGGCGCAACAAGUGGGGCAACAAUGUCCUCUUCGUCUUCGAGGAGAACUCUCUGUACCCAUCUCUCGAAGCGCUUUACGGCAAGCGCAAGAAGGACGAGCCUUUGCCCAUCAAUCCGAAGCUGAGCAAGGGCAUGAACGGCUCGCUCCUGCCGAACCCGGACUGCAUCCCGGACUCGACCUUCCCCUCCCCGCUCGUGGGCCAGGAUCUGCCGGACAUCAAGAACGACCGCUCGCUGUCCGCGUUCUACUUCUUCCCUAAGCAGCUCAAGCCCCACCGCUCCGUCCUCCUCCCGAACGUCCACCGCCCGAAGCCAUCGCUCUCCGCCGCGGACCUCGACCACGCCAAGCGCGGAGGAGAGCGCCGCGGCCGCGGCGGCUACGGCGGCAGCUUCCACGUCGAGCGCAACCGCGAGCCCCGCGGCGGACGGCGCGGAGCAGGCGGAGGCGGAGGCGACUGGGCCAACCCGAACCAGAUUCCCAACGGUGGCGGCGGCGGGUUCGGCGCCAACAACGGGUACGCCCAGGCCCCGCAGCACCAGGGCGGCGGCUACGACCAAGCCGGCUACGGCGGCGGCGGGUACACCCAAGGUGGCGGCUUCGGCGGCUACGGCAACAAUCAGGGCGGCGGUGGGGGCUACGGAGGCUAUGGCGGCCCUCCCCCUCAGGUGCAGAGCGGCUAUGGCGGGCGAGGUGGCUACGCAAACCGAGGCCGCGGCCGCGGCCGUGGCUACUGA